UCAUUCUUUCAAUACAUAAAGUCGAGAGCUUUUCUGAUAUUUGCGGAGUUUUUCUUGCAAAGUCGAGUGACUCAAUCUUCUUCUUCGUCGAUUAAUCGGACGCAAGGCAAAAUGGCUCUAGGCAAAUCGCAAGGCAAAUGGGUCAAGAUUGAACAACAAGGUUCAGGUCCUGGUGCAAGAAGCUCACAUGCUAUAACCAUCGUGGGAGAAAAGGCUUAUGCUUUUGGUGGUGAGUUCACACCAAGAGUACCAGUUGACAAUAAGUUAUAUGUUUUUGAUCUCAAACAGCAAAUCUGGUCUAUCAUCGACGCCACCGGCGAUGUCCCUCCACCGCGGGUUGGUGUCACGAUGGCGGCUGUUGGUGAAACCAUUUUCGUGUUUGGAGGUAGAGAUGCCCAACACAAGGAGCUCAACGAGCUUUACUCUUUCGAUACCAGUACUAACCAGUGGUCUCUAGUUCAGUCUGGUCCUCCCAACCGGAGCUAUCACUCCAUGACAUCUGAUGAUCGACGCCUUUAUGUAUUUGGUGGAUGUGGUGAAUCUGGUCGGUUGAAUGACCUUUGGGCUUAUGAUGUAAUGGACAAAACAUGGAAUAAAUUUCCCCUCCCUGGGGAAGAUUGCAAGCCUAGAGGUGGCCCGGGGCUUGCUGUGGCCGAAGGAAGAAUAUGGGUGGUUUAUGGUUUCACAGGAGAAGAGACGGAUGAUGUUCACUAUUAUGAUCUGGUGGAAGAAAAAUGGGUUCGAGUUGAGACUGUGGGGGAGAAGCCAACUGCUAGAAGCGUGUUCCCAAUAACUGCAAUUGGGAAAUAUAUAUUUGUGUAUGGAGGUGAAGUUGAUCCAAGUGACUUGGGUCAUAUGGGUGCUGGCAAAUUUGCGGACGGAGUUUAUGUCUUGGAUGCAGAGACAUUUGUCUGGACAAAGUGGGAUGAUAAGUCGGCUUCAGGGGAGAGUCCAGGCCCACGUGGGUGGUGCGCGUUUGCGGCUGGAGUUAGGGAUGGGAAGCCUGGAUUGCUUGUUUAUGGUGGUAAUUCCCCAACCAAUGAUCGUCUUGAUGACAUUCACUUCUUUACUCCUUCGUUUGAUUAAGGAAUGGAAAAUGAAAGGAAAUUGUCUCUGUUAUAUGUACUAUGUGUUUCAAAUGGAAUUGCAAACUUUGAUGAUGAUGAUGAUGGAUUUUAGUUGGAAUAUGUGUAAGAUACUGAUGUUAAUUAGCUUAAGAAUAACCAUCUUUCAUGAUCAAUCUCUAUCAAUUAUCUUCCUGUUUGCAUCUUU